CACCACUGAGGAUCCUGUACAUGGGUGGAAUUGUUACGUAUUUUUCAAACCCUGACUCUUUGGUGCAGCGCCUUUGUGACUAGAGGACUGCGGAAAAACUCGACUCGACCAUCCAGAGUUGAGCCCUGCUCUCUAGACCUGGUCUCUCUGCUGCAUUCCUUCUCGAUCUCAACCUUCAUCGCCUUCCGCCACCGACCAUAAUCCUCCUUCAAGUCGAAAAUCCCCUGGUCGACGGGUUCGCAUCUCCAGGAUGGAAACUUUCGAAAACAUCUAUCUCGAUCUCUCCAAGCAGUCCGGUCGAUGCAGACUGGCCGAGAGCGGUCUUGGAUGGAAACCAAGUGGCGGCAGCGACCCCUUCACACUCGACAACAACCAGAUCGCUGCAGCACAAUGGAGCAGAGCGUCAAAAGGCUACGAGCUAAAAAUCAUCACACGAGACCCAUCCGUCAUUCAGCUCGAUGGUUUCGAACAAGAAGAUUUCGAUCGCGCUGCAAAAGCCUUCAAGAUCUGGUAUGGGAUCAAUCUCGAAAACAAGGAACAUGCUCUCAGAGGCUGGAACUGGGGCAAGGCAGAAUUUGGAAGGGCGGAGCUCGCAUUCAAUGUGCAGAACAGGCCUGCGUUCGAGAUACCCUAUUCCGAGAUUGCAAACACGAAUCUGGCAGGCAAGAAUGAGAUCGCUGUCGAAUUCAAUCUAGGAAACGAACCAGCUCAAAAUGGGGCCAAUGGCCACGCUGCAGGGGCCACCAAAAACCGCGGACGCAAGGCUGCCGCUGCUCGCGAUGAACUGGUCGAAAUGCGCUUCUACAUCCCUGGCACGGUGUCCAAGAAAGAGGUCAACGGCGACGAAGAUGCAAGUGGCGCCGAGGAUGAAGAGGUUGACGAGCAAAAUGCGGCGAAUCUGUUUUACGAGACUUUGAUGGACAAGGCCGAGAUUGGAGAAGUUGCUGGCGCCACUUUUGCCACUUUUCAAGAUAUCUUGCAUCUUACCCCCAGAGGUCGUUUCGACAUCGAUAUGUACGAGAAUUCAUUUCGGUUACGAGGAAAGACGUAUGACUACAAGAUUCAGUAUCAAUCGAUCAAAAAGUUCUUCAUCCUGCCCAAAAACGACGAAGUACACACCCUCAUCACUCUAGGUCUCGACCCUCCUCUGCGGCAAGGACAAACCAGAUAUCCCUUUAUCGUCAUGCAAUUGAAGCUCGACGAGGAGGUCAACCUGGAUCUCAACAUGACCGAAGAACUGCUGGAGACCAAGUACAAGGACAAACUCGAUUCCCACUACGAAGCACCUAUCCACCAUGUCAUUGCCAAGGUGUUCAAGGGUCUUUCAGGGAAGAAGAUUAUUAUGCCCUCAAAGGAUUUCGUGAGCCACCACAAUAUGAAUGGAGUUAAGUGCUCGAUCAAGGCCAACGAGGGUCUGCUCUUCUGCUUGGACAAAAGCUUCAUGUUUGUGCCCAAGCCGGCUACAUAUGUGCAGAUCGAGUCGAUUGCAAGCAUCACAAUGUCCCGGGUUGGAGGUGCUCUGGCCGCUAGCAGAACCUUUGACAUCACCAUCACCCUCAAGAAUGGGCAAGGAGAGCAUCAAUUCAGCAAUAUCAAUCGUGAGGAGCAACAGCCAUUGGAGGCAUUCUUCCAGGCCAAGGGGAUCCGCUUUAAGAACGAGAUGCUGGAUGAUUCAUCGACGUUGCUCAAAGCAGCGCUUAACGACCAAGACCUUGCUUCAUCCGACGAUGAUGAUGCGGGCGCCAACCGCGGCUCAGCAGAUGAAGAUGACGAGUCCCCUGACGAAGAUUUCCAGGCCGACUCUGACAGUGAUGUAGCCGAAGAAUAUGACUCAGCUCACGAAAGCAGCGGCAGUGACGCCAGUGAUGCGGAAAUGCCAGAUGCAGACGACGAUGCAGACGAUGAUGACGCUGCUCCCAGCGAUGACGAUCGGCCGAAGAAAAAGAUUAAAAAAUGAAGAAUCAGACAAUGAAUGUACCACACUACGAGAUUGGGCAGUAUUCGGAGUUCAUAUCCCUUCCACAUCGUAUGCACUCUUGAUGGACAGUCCAUCAUGGGUUGGUGCUGAUAUUGCAUUUACGCUACGCUUCAGCCUCAUAUCGAGCCCUCGCUGAUAUUUUCAUGGCUCUGCUAAAUGUACUGUGAUGGGGCCAUAGAGUGACCUAAUUGUGUCACAAAAAAGGAGGCCCAAGCCUUCAGGUCUGGUGCUCUGAAGCGCCGUGGUUGGACAUGGGAUGGAAUCAAUCCUGGUGGUUAUGUACGCAGGUAGUUAAUA